CCUCCUCCAUGCCCCCUCCACGGCUCCUCCUCCUCUUUGCUCCCUCCUCCAUCCCCGCAUCCCCCGCCUCCUCCUUGGCUCCACCCCCGCGGGUGGAAGACGGCGUUGCGGUUCCGGGUCGCGGGGGUGACCGGCGGGGAGGCAGCAUGGGUCUGUCCAUGGAGGGCCUGCAGGCGGCCGUGAAGUACAUGGUGGAGUCGCAGGGCUUCGACCGGGUGCUCAGCAAGAUGAAACUUCUUUCCGCAACUCCUGGAAAAGUUGUUUGUGAAAUGAAAGUAGAGGAGGAGCAUACAAAUAGAGGUGGCACUUUACACGGAGGUUUGACAGCCACACUUGUGGAUGUGGUGUCGACAGCAGCGUUGCUGUACACAGAAAGAGCACUGCCUGGUGUCAGUGUGGACAUGAAUAUCACAUAUACUUCUGCUGCUAAGAUUGGAGAAGAUGUACUGAUUACAGCUCAGAUUUUGAAGCAAGGAAGAAAUAUUGCAUUUGCCAGCGUGGAUUUAACAAAUAAGGCAACAGGAAAAUUAAUUGCACAGGGUAGACACACAAAGUAUAUAGGUAAUUAAUAUGAGAAAGUAAAAAAUAAUGUUGUAUUUAAGAAUCCUAUAUAGAAUGAUUUUCUCAUUUAUGCAAUAAGAUGUCUUCUGCACAAGUUGUGAGUCUAUGCAUUGUGAAUUAGUCUCACUGCCACAAUCGAACAAAUUUCUUAAUUACCAUUAAAAUUGCUACAGGCCUAAAAUCAGUGCCUAUUUUGGGAUGAACAACAGCGUUACAAAGCAGCUUUGUCUUCAGGCACAUGACAAUCACAUUGAAACAACACUGUAUAUGCUUACAAAACUACUUGUUCUGUGAGAUGGUAGCACAGAGUUCCUGUAACAUAAUGUCAAACUGCUUUGAAGUGUAAACACAAAAUGUAAUUUACUGAUGCUAUAAAAAUACUCAAAAAUAUUCAAUAAAGCUUUCUGAAACUACCUUUUUAAAGAUUA